UAAGAUGGCUGCAGUGUGUGCACUUAGGAGCUACUGCCGCGUCGUGGGGCAGCUGCUCUGUGCUCGCCAUAUUAGAUUGUGUAGUAGCUUUCGUCUGCAAAAAGCGAAAUACAUUUCUGGGCUCAAUAAGUCUACGUGGCAGGACUGGCAUCAGCACAGACUGUUCAGAACAACUGUUGUUUCACAUGGCCAGAUUGUCCAGUUCAAGCUCUCUGAUAUUGGAGAAGGAAUCACAGAAGUGACUGUGAAAGAAUGGUAUGUAAAAGAAGGUGACACUGUAUCUCAGUUUGACAGCAUCUGUGAGGUACAAAGUGACAAAGCCUCAGUUACAAUCACCAGUCGUUAUGAUGGUGUCAUUAAAAAACUCCAUUAUAAUUUAGAUGAAAUUGCCUAUGUAGGGGCACCUUUGGUGGAUAUAGAAACAGAUGCCUUAAAAGAUGUAGCUCCUGAAGAGGAUGUGGUGGAGACGCCUGCUGUGUCCCAUGAAGAACAGACGCACCAGGAGAUUAAAGGCCACAAAACCUUGGCAACCCCUGCUGUUCGCCGCCUUGCCAUGGAAAACAAUAUAAAACUGAGCGAAGUUGUUGGGACAGGGAAAGAUAACCGCAUCCUCAAAGAAGACAUUCUCAAUUAUUUGGCCAAGCAGACAGGAGCUAUUUUACCUCUGUCACCCGAACCUGAGUUGAUCCCACCUUCGCCAAAAAGGGACCCUGCACAUGGCAAGUUGGAAGAAAAGACAUCUAAAAUUCCAACACCCGUUUCCGUACCCAGAGACAUUUCAGGGAAAGAUAAAACAGAGGCCUUAUCAGGAUUCCACAAGGCAAUGGUGAAGAGCAUGACUAUUGCUUUGAAAAUUCCUCACUUUGGUUACUGUGAUGAGGUUGAUCUAACACAACUCAUCAAGCUGCGGGAGCAGUUAAAAUCUGUAGCAGAAGCACGGGGAGCUAAACUCUCUUUCAUGCCCUUCUUUAUAAAGGCAGCUUCUUUGGGUUUAUUACACUACCCUAUUCUUAAUGCUUCUUUGGAUGAAAACUGUCAAAACAUCACCUACAAGGCUUCUCACAACAUUGGAGUUGCUAUGGAUACAGGACAAGGAUUGGUUGUCCCCAAUGUAAAAAAUGUUCAGAUCCGUAGCGUGUUUGAAAUCGCUUCAGAAUUAAACCGCCUGCAGAACUUGGGAUCUGCAAAUCAGCUGGGAACGAAUGACCUCACAGGGGGAACUUUCACACUCUCCAAUAUUGGCACAAUUGGUGGUACCUAUGCCAAAGCAGUGAUACUACCUCCCGAAGUAGCCAUUGGAGCUCUUGGAAAAUUACAAGUCCUUCCUCGAUUUAAUAGCGAAGGUGAAGUGUUUAAAGCACAGAUAAUGAAUGUGAGCUGGUCUGCUGAUCACAGGAUUAUCGACGGCGCAACAAUGGCACGGUUUUCUAACUUGUGGAAGUCUUACUUGGAAAACCCCGCUUCCAUGCUGCUGGAUCUUAAGUAACAAGAUGAAUAGCUGUUCACAUCCAUUCACAAGUUGGGGAUGAUACCAAGCUAGCUGUGCUAGCAAGUAUCCUUAAUAUACAUUUCAUAAAUUGCUAUUACAUUGUGAGACUGACUGGUCCCUUUAGAUCUCUGGUCAGUGUAUUGAUUUGCCAUGUUACGUUCUGUUCAGAUAAUUAUUUUAGCUGUAAGUUAUUUGACUAGAAGUUGUUAUAGGUCAUGGGACAGGAUCGUCCCUGAGUAAAGGCAGUGGGAAACUUAAUGACGAGAAAAGUACUGUACUUCUGUAAACUGACAUUAUCAGAGGAAGACUGCUGAUGUUAUUUGCAGUAUUUUUGUUUAAGCUGCUUGCAUUGCAUAUAAAAUGAAUUAUGCCAACAACUGACUGGAAAAGGACUAUUUUUGACAAAACAUUAAAAGGAUGUUAGAAUUUCUAAUGCAAUUAAGGGACAAAUUAUGUUCAAAUAAAAUGCCUCUGUGCUUGCCUUGAAAUAUUUGGGGAUUGACUUUUCUCAGUAAAUAAUGGUGCUUUCUUGUUGUUCUAUUUUUUAAAUAUCCUUUGAAAAGAUAAUUUUUGAGUUCACCAUUAAUUACUGAAAUUAAUUGCAUCAUGCCCAGACACCAUGGAUACCUAUAAGUGUAUAAUCAUAAUGUAUGAAGCAGGCAAUUGCAUAUAAGGCUGUGGCAAUUCCAAGGGAUGUUUUCCUCCAUCUUGCUAAUGGCUAGUCCAUGUGUUGUGUUUGCCCAUAUGAACGUGUACCUGAAGGUGUUGCUAGAAGGUUAUGAGAAAGCAGGAGAGGUGUACAAUAGUAGAAAGGCAUUUUUUUAAAAAAAUAAAUACAAUUAAUACUAAUCCCUGUUUUAAAAUUCCAUUGGGCUCAAAAAUGGUAGCUGACAUGAUCAAUUAAAAGAUUUUUACACUGUAGCAUUGGGAUUCACACUCCUUUGGUCCCCUCCCCACAUGCUCACUUGUAGACUUGAAUGCAUUCUGUGGGCUCUGCCUAAGAGUGGAUGGAACAUUGGAUGCCGGAAGAUCCUGGGCUGGAUCCCGCAGAUCUGUUCUGCCAGUGGUGGGACUUCCUUCUGGUACAAGGAACAGAAGAGGGAGCCUCUUGCAUCGAAGGAAGUCUCUUUUUGCUGGAGGAAUGUGGGACCCGAGCCAGUGUUUUCAGAUAGCACACAGACUCUUGUAGGUCAAGAUUAAAAGGAGCCUUAAAAGCCACUUAUAUUUGUUUACAGGCUACAAAUAGAACUGCUGUGUGCCUUAGAAGAGAAAAUUUACACUUCCAAGAAAUAAUAUGGUAAAUAGAAUAAAGCUCAACAAAAACUUCAUGUAAUGCAUUUGUAGGGGUUAGUCUACAAUCAUAUUUGGCUCCGUAACCCUGUAAAGCAAAGAAACAAACAAAAAACACUGUGGUAUAACUCGGUAGGGAAAAGUUGAAGCAAGGCUCCGUCUUUACACUUUACAAAGUCAUCGUGCUUGUAGGGGAACAACAGGCGCCAUUGUUGCUCUGUAAUAAAAAUGGGUAGCUAUGCAUAAGUUUCACAAUGGAAUGGACCAAAUAGCUGCUCCAUGGGACAGUCUGAGGACACAUGAACACCAAGAGGAAGGGGAGGGCUACAGCCACUUCUCCCUGUGUGUUGUGAUCGCAAGCAGGAAAGAGCUGGUAUGCUCCUGGGAGAAACUUCAUUACAAUGUGGUACAAAGUCCUCCUGUUGUUGUCCAACAAACACAAAGACUUUGUAAUGUGUAGAUGGAUCAGAGUGGAGAGUCUGGCCCUAUUUUUGUUGCUGGGAAGAGCAUGGGAAUGAGAGGUCAGCUACUGCUUGUGUCUCCUGUACAGUCAUGAAAUCUUUAUAUUAGCUUUUACUGAUUUAAACAUUAAUUAUACUUUAUAAAUUUGUUCUGAUUUCCGUUCUUUAAUAAAUCCUGUUUUA